CGGAGGCCGGAGACGCCGGGCUCCCCCGACGCCGCCGCUCCCAGGAUCAGGACCGCCUCCCCGAUGCCGGCACGCCGGUCUCUCAGGUUGAAGAGCGUGGAGCCAGUUAGAUAUGUUGAAAUUUGCGAAAAGAGGGAGAAGGGUCUUGAUGGUGGAAGGCAUUUCUCUAUUGAGGAAGGGUGCAAGGAAGAAGUUUACACUGAAGAGCAUGAGAAGCUUUUAGGUACAUGUGCCACACCCUGGACUCUCUUUGUGGACGGUUAUGGCAAGGAUGGGAAGCGCAUCUAUGAUCAAGUGAGGGGCCAAACCUGUCAUCAGUGCCGCCAGAAAACUCUGGGUCAUCAUACAAGAUGCUGUAAUUGCCAGAUUGUCCAAGGGCAGUUCUGUGGAGAUUGUUUGUACAUGAGGUAUGGUGAGAAUGUGCUGGAAGCUAAGAGCAAUCCUAAUUGGACAUGUCCAGUUUGCCGUGGCAUUUGCAAUUGCAGCAUCUGCAGAACUAAGAGAGGAUGGUUCCCUACUGGUAAUGCGUACCGGAAGGUUGUCAGGCUUGGGUACAAAUCUGUGGCACACUAUCUCAUUGCAACAAAUCGGGCAGGAGCAAACUCAGGGGAUUCAAGCUCAGCUGACUCCUCAAACGAGCUGCCAUCUGCUGAUGAGGUCUCUGAGCACGCACCAGUUGCCAAGCAGGAUGCUGAUCUGAGCAGCAACACGAUGAAUGAUGCUGGUGAAGUUGAGCAGAAGGAAGGAAGAAACAUGAAGAAGAAGGCAGCAGCUGUCAAGGAUGAAGCCAAGGCCCCGAGGAGGAAGAAGAUCACUGCUGAUGUGGUCUGCAAGGAUGAUGGCAGGAGCGAGUCGGGGGUGACAUUUGAUAACCUGGAAUGUCACCAGGAUGUCGGCUGCGUCACUCCAUCUAAGCCGGAGUUGAAGAAGAAGAGGAAGUGGGUCGAAGCAAGAAGCCCUGACUGCGUCGCGAGCAGGCUGCGCUCCCGAUCUGCUCCCAAGUCAUGAGCACUUGGAUCAUAUGAGGGCUGGCGACUCCUUUUGCGCAGGCGUAUCUGUCGCUGGCAUGGUUCUCUGGUUGGUGGUGUGUUUUGGUUCGUUGGUCGUCGUUUAGUUGCUGUAGGUAAUUGCGGGAAGCAAUGAUGGACGUGCCUGGUCUGGUGUGGUGUGGACUUGCUAUACCAUUUUGUUGUGACCUUGACGCUCUGGUUUAUCGUGUUGGCCUAUCAACCUAGUGUUUCCGUUCAUGCGUGUUGUGAUUAGCUAUUUAUGUUGUGUUCAUCGUGUGUCCUGUGUAAUUUGAUUUUUUAUAUAUCUCUUAAAAUGUGUCUAGCAGUCAGCUUUAAA